UUGAUCGUAACAUUAAAAAAUAUUUCCACACUACGAUUUUAAUAUUUAAGAACAUAAUAUUAUCAAGUAACGGUUUGUAAAACAUUGAUAAAAUACUGCGUCAAGAUGUUUGUAAAAUCUACAUAAAAUCAACGUUUCGAAGGAUUGAUUUAACGUUUCCUGCUUACUGGGAAGGACGGUGCAGCGAGGUGCCAAGGGCCCAAGAAGGGAACAGAAUUUCUCUUUUACAAACCAACGGAAUUCGCUUGUUGGGACCAAAAAUUCCUUCCGUUUCAGCCAAAACGCAUUCGGCUCGUUCGGUCGGUCACGUUAAUUCAACCAAUAACGUUCCUUCCCCGCGUACAUCCGCGAUUCUUCACGACGCCGACGAAAGCGCACCGAGUGAUUAUGCGUUCCGUCAGCGGCCAAAUGGAAAUGAACGGAUGAUGGAGCGGGAUAUACGAUCCGAGCAUGUCGAUACUGUGCGAUGACGUGCGAUCGACGCCUAAAAUCGAAGGACGACGACGACGACGAGGGCAACGAGGAUGCGAGGAAAGAAGGGGGAGAGGGGAAGAGAGAGGAAUGCAUUCCCUUCGGAUUCGGUCGUCGAUCCAUCCGGCGACGAACCACCGAUGAAAGGCAGGAUGCGGCCGGGACCGGACGUAACCAGCCCGGCAUACGCAAGCAGUUCCAGAAACGAAGGAAACGCCGUCGUUGCCGUCGUCGUGAUGACUUACACCCUAUGUCGCGAUCAAGAUAAUGUCGCCGCCGGCGCGCCUUCUAAGUCGACUGCUGAAACAGUCGUAAUAGAUACACGCCUUUUAGACGCGUCCACGAGGCGUUGCCACCUGUCGUAGCGCGUCGUGAGAGACGGUCGUGCACUUUACGACCGUAAUUUUAACUCUCAAUUCGCGCGAGCGACGCGUCAUGGUCGGCAUAGUCGGCGACGGGGGGACGCGAGGGGGCGACGUGACACGUAUCGAUUCUUGUUCCGCGUCACAUUCGCGCGCGCUCGUCACUCUUCUGUUCCCGGAAUGAAAGAAUCUUUUGUUCUUGACCUAUAGGUCACACGUGACGCGCGCGUAGCGCCGCGAUAAUCAUAUCGAGAGAGUUUCACGCUGAUGGUCCGGAGUCGAAGCGCAACGUCAUGUGUUAACGAUGUUCCUUUCACGCGUCAGUCCCUGCUGUGUAGCUUGGUGUAAGCUAUGAGUUUACUUCUCUCGGAACUGAUUGUGCAGAGAGAGAGAGAGAGAGAGAGCUAAUUAGGAAAUAUUAUAAAUUUCAGACACCAGAGUGGAAGACUGUAUAGCCACAAAAUUUCCAUCGGAUAAACCGAUUUAAACGAUGUAUCCGAUUGUUAUUUUUAUCGCCCGAUCAAGUUGCCGAGGAAACCUAACUGGAAAAUUAAUCACCCUUUGUACAUCCGUUGUAAUUUUCGCCGAAUAAAGGCAUGACUUGAUCGGAUGAAAUGACGAAAUGAUCGGGCACUGUCGUGAAAUCGAUAGGCAAGUAAAUCAUCAUAAAUGAGUCGUCGAUUAAGUAGAAAUUCGCAACGAAAUCCCGACGGAAACUGUCCCGUUCCCUGUAUUUAACAUCACGUCAUGGCGCACACACUCUCGCUCGCGACAGUCCGGCGGAGUUCGUAGACCCAGCUGAGAGGACGUUAUCUGACUCGUUGCGACACACUCGGGGGUGUGUGUGUGUGUGUGUGUGUGCAUCGCGCGGAAUUCAAGCGCGCGUUUUCCGCGCUGUAAUAACUAUCAUCUGGGGGGGAAAAGUGGAUCGAGAGCUUCGCAUUCAUUGUUAACGCUGCCAUUUUUACGGCUCGCGUGCCGACACUCUUCACUUUACCGGCACAAAUCGCCGAUUCGCUCGCAAUCACGCUCGCAAUUAUCGCAAACGCGUCAUUAAGUCCGAUGUCUUCCACCUGGCUCCGCGGAGUGAAAAUUGAAAAAUCGCUAUUCCGUUAGCGUCGGCUAUCGUUGCGCUUUCACGCAACGUUACACCGAUACCUGGAUCGAGCACGUGCGACGACGAACGAUGAUGAUGACGACGAUGACAACGGGGAACGAGAAUCGGCGGACGGUUACGUCAACAGCCGGAAUAUUGAUCGUUGUAUUGGCAGAAGAUCGUUUUCUCCCGGCGGCGUGUAUAUAUGUAUGUACGUGCCGCGUUAUGUGCCGCGUGUCGUCAGUUAUCGAAACAAUAGGACGGUACCCGCCGUCCUCCUCCGAUUCACCGCCAUUCGGUUUCCUCCUUCGCGCCGUCCUGCGAGAGAGACGACGACUCUCCUGGCGAUCCCCUCUCUGUCAGUGCGUGCUUCACCCUCGCGGAUGACACUUUGUCCCGAGCGGAUGCAUCCUCCCGCUCGAUACUCCGUUUUCACACAAACAAACGAAACUUUCCUCAAAUUCCGCUCGUUUCUUCCCGAUCCGAAAAAUUAAACGCAAGCGGUACUUACCUUACGAAAAGGAGAAACGGCGCUCCCCUCGUUUCUCGCCGGCGUGAAUUCGGCAUUCUUAAGUUCGCGGGAUCGAAGCGAAUAUAAUCGAUCUUCGCGAGGGGAAUUCGCGCGUCGCAAAUGGAUCGAGCGUGCGGUGGAAGAAACGUCCGGCCGUCGGUGAGGUCGUUCGCGCGGAUUUUCGCGAAGGAAUGAACAAAGGUGACAUGCCGGACUCUGGUGGUAUUUAAACCAGUACGCAGUGCGUGUCGCGCCUUCGACCGGCGAGAGGUUUUCGGCCGGCUGAUUGUCGACGGUUCGGCGAAAUCGUUCACGAUGAACGCCGAGGAAGUUAAAGUGGGCUGCUUUCAAAUGGUGCUGGUGCUGCUGCUCGGGAUAAACUAUGUCAUCGUAGCCAUGAGCCACGCGCUACCGGCCUUUCAUAAUUACACGCCGAAAUUCUACUGCCAGACGAAGAAUUCGACGAGUAGGAGCUACGGCUGCCAAGACGUCGCGAAUUCAUCGAUCGACGCCAACGUAACUUUCGCGUCGCCGGAAGUGUCGGCUCUCGCCUCCUGUUCCGGCGAGUAUCGCUUUGUGACGGAGUUCGCCGAGAGCAGCGUGGUCACCGAAUGGGGUUUGGUGUGCGAGAAACGGUAUCUGUCUCACCUCGGGCCGACCGCUUACUACACCGGGGUGAUCUUGGGCGCGUGUAUCGCCGGAUUUCUCGCCGAUCGUAUCGGCAGACUUCCCGUUCAAGCGAUCUGCCUGUAUGCGCAGGGGACGAUGGCGGUGGCACUCUACAUCGUGCAGAGUUACCCCGCCUUCCUGGCGCUGCGCGGUCUUCAAGGGGUGUUCGUCCAGGGCCUGCAGAACUCCACGUACAUCCUCUCUCUGGAACUAUUCCCGGCGCGAUCGCGCACCCUCGUCGCGCUGAUCAUGCAGAUCUCCUGGUCGAUCGGCCUUGUGCUGCUCGCGACGCUCAGCUACGUGAUUCCGGACUGGCGGAUUUUGCAGCUCGCCGUCUCCGUGCCCACCGCGAUCACCGUGCUGUACAUUUGGAUUAUACCGGAGUCGCCGAGGUGGCUACUCGCAAGAGGCAAAUCGACGGAGGCCGACAUGGCGCUCGAGAGAAUCGCGAAAUAUAACAGCUGCUGUAUCAGGACGCGAAAGGAGGAGAUGGCUGAACGGGAGGCAUGCGUGAAAAGUAACACGACGCCGAUAAAACCGGAGAGGAAGUCGCGCGUCAGCAGCGCCGAUCUACAGAGAGCGAGAUCCGAUGAAAAUCAACGAGAAGAAGCCACGAAUCUGCUAAACGGAUCGGAACCGGAGCAAAAAGACCGAGUUUCUGGAGCGAAACCGACGGGCGCGGAGGACAGAUCCGCCAACGUGGAAUUACGUCGGGAGACGCGACUUUCCACACAGGAUGUCGACAACUCGAGGAAUCUGCCAUCGAGCUCGAAAUGCGACAGAAGAAGAUCCGAGGUUGCGACCUCGCGAUCGGGGUGCGAUCAGAGGGUCUCUCUGAGAGCUGCGGAGGAGGUGGUGCUCCGUAGGGCGAAGAAGGAGAGGGCGAGCGAGAACGCGGGGAAGUCGGAGAGUCCCAGCGAGGAACGAGCCACGAGCAAGGCGAGCUCGAUGUUCAAGGACUCGUUCCGAUCGUCAACGUUGAGAAAAUACGGCGUGAUAAUGAUUUGUCAGUGGUUGACCUCCGCGAUGGCUUACGGCAUACUCGACGAUCUCGCGCCCAACAUCCCGAUCAACAGGUACAUCACGUUCAUCCUCGGCGGAGUCCUGGAGAUGGCGACGUACACGUUCGUGUACGUCGUGCUGACCAGAUACGGCAGACGAGUGCCCAUGUGUAUAUACCAGUCCUUCAAUGGUGUCAUUUGUAUCUUGAUGGCGGCCUUUCUCAUUCUUAUCAACGCCACCGCACCGUGGACAGAUCUCAUGAAAACGAUAGUAUUGCUACUUGGCAAAGUAAUCGUCACGGGUACCAUCUCCAUCACCUACUUGCAUACUGUUGAGACAUCCCCAACGGUGAUACGAGGCAGUAGCCUGGGUUUGUGCGUGAUGUUUUCGAAAAUCGGUGGACUAAGCAUGUCGCAUUUGCUAUUAUCGGGACAGUACAUAUCACUUCCGGUACAAUUAGUAAUCAUUGGCAUAUUGUGCAUCGUCUCCGGUGCUCUGGCUCUGAUUUUACCGGAGACAUCGGGUAGAAUUCUGCCGGAUUGUGUGGCGGACGUGGAAAAUAUGCUCGACGAUUGCGGUAAGAGAAACGACUGUAUUAAUAUGGAGAACGAUACUAAGGAAGAUCUGAUGGAGAGGCAAAUACUGAGGGACAAGCUCUUCUCGGAGGAAUGGGUGGACGCCGGCAAUGGGAUUCUAGUGAAUUUUUCGGAAAUUAAAAGCACAGAGUAAAGCCGAGACGGCUUUGCGCAUAGAAUCUUUCGCCAACUCACUCGGUGUUAUCAAACCGCUCUUCACUCGUACGAAACCUCGACCGAUGCAGUAAAAGAUUAGUUUUAUUUUUAUUAAAUGGAUAUCGAUUACGUAUAUGUGCUAUAUGAGUAUCGUACAUAAAUCGAGCGAUAUGUGGUACUAUUAUAUUUAUAACAAUAGUAUUUAUUUUGAUGUUAUGCGUAAGAAAGUAACGUAACGUAGAUGAGAGCGUAUUUAAGAGAAGACUCAGGAUAACUAAAUGACAGAGAUCAAGCCCGCACUUCCAUCGCGAAGUUGUGUGUAAUACAUGUGAUAUGGUUACUUUUGAAUUUAAUAUAGUAUAUAAUCGUAAUUUGGUAGCGACUUAUAAGUGGACGUUUGUCAAAGUAUACGAAUAAUUGUGUUCUUCAUAUUCUGAAAUAUUAUAAAUCCAAGUAUAUACACAUAUAACAAUUGAUGUAACAAGACUGAGCGUUAGGGAGAAAUACAUAUCUUCGAUGCGGA